AUGAAACCAAGACCGGCCGACGGUCAAUGGGAUUGGCGCGGAAACCUGACGGCUUGGGCGGAUAUGUGGUCCGACCAGGCCAAGCUCGAGCAGCAGAUUAUUGCCGAUGCGGAAGCUACUUUACUCGGGCAGAUCUUCCACUUUGUGCACCCAAACUACUGGGGCUACGUGCACAAGGAGUGCCUGGAGCUGAACGGCACCUACAGCCAGUUCACCAACCCGAUGCUCGGCUCCGUCUACCUGGUGACCGGCUUCACCUACGAGCUCAUCUACAUCCCGGUGCUGAUCGCCAUGAUGAACAAGGAAUUCUUCCAGCAUGCCUGCUACAAAAUUAUGUUCGCCAUGGGCAUAAUGGAUAUUAUCAGCUUGGUGCCAAACGCUCUAUUGGCCGGCUACUACCUAUUCGUGGGCGGCUCCAUCUGCACGUACCCGCUGCUGAACGUCUGGCUCGGCUUCAUCGCAUACGCGUUCUGGUGCGGCUACUGCUCGUGCGCCAUUUUGUUGGGGCUGAACCGGACGCUCGAUUUCGGAUGGCCAAGACUGGCUGAGUCACUCUUCAAAGACUGGCGCGUCUACGUGUGGCUUGGGUUGGGCCCGGUGGGAUACGUGAUGUUCGUCCUCCUCACCGACGUCCCCUCGCAGUUCAACCCAAUCAUGGGAGGAUACUUCUUCGACAUUGACAUCUUCAAACCAAUGGAGGUGAUGAUGGUGUCAUUCCUGGUCCGCCUCUACCGCAAGAGCUCCGUCGGCGUGUCGACCAUGCAGAAAGUCGUGGUCAUCCAGUGCCUCUCCAUUUGCAUCGUCAUGAUGAUCGCAUCGGGCAUCUACUGCUUCAUGCAGUUUAUCCCGGUGCCCGUCUUCUUCGUCGUCAUCUCCACGAUGAUGUGGCAGUUUUCAAAUGGAGCGCCCGGCGUGAUGUACGUGGUCGUCAACCGCUCCAUCCGCACGGCCGUCUUGACGAUGCUCGGCAUCCGCAAAGAUACCAAAACUGGCCACCUGGCCAGCACGGCCUCCGGCAACAAGGUCGGCUCCGUGUCGACCGCCAAAAAGGACAAGGACUCCGAGGCUGUCGAGGACAAAUUU